AUGUUUCGACCAUCAACAAGCCUAGCGCUACGCUCGACGCUGCGUCAGCUGGCGUCAGCGUCUAAUCAGCCCAUCCCUCCUGGCUCAGAGAUCAACGCGGUCAAACGUACUGUCGCCACUAUCUUACCGCCUAUCAGGCUCUACCGGCGCAUCAUUCGCGCACAUCGUAGGCUCGACCCUGACAUGCGUGCUGUUGGCGAUAACUACGUCAAAGACGAAUUUCGAAGGCACAAGAACAUCGACAACCCACUGCAGAUUAUCGGUUUCCUCAGCUCGUGGAAGAUGUACCUCGAUCAGCUCGAAGUGCAGCAGGGUCAACCUGGCGGCUUCCGAGGUCAACGACUAGACCCCCAGCUGCUCGAGAAGAUGUCGGACGAGCAGAUCUACCAGAUUCACGAGCUUAUGACCGCAACCCAAGAGGCGUACUCGGACAAGGCGCAGGCAUUUCCACCAGAAAAGCAGAGGGAGUUAGCUGAAAAGGCGGCUGCCGACGCAGGCCUAUCUGUCAAGAAGGAUGAAUGA